GGAUAUUCUCUCUUGCCCACCUCUUCCACUGGGCUGGUUCAGAGAGUCGGGUCUUAUUCUCUUGGGUACCAUUGUCAUAGGGCAAGGUAUCGGUUCACAUGCGGCUUGGAACCUCCGAGGCUGUCAACUGAUCUCGUUUGAAGUUAUAACGAAUGACCUUAUUUCAGCACCACGAGUACUAAACAGCUCCGGUGCAGUGAAUUUUAAACCUCCUCAUAACGCCGCUAGAAUCGCCGGCGCUGCUACGUACAGGACAACGCCAGCCACCAAACAGCACCAGUUCAUCAAAGGGAAGCUGUCCAAACACCAGGCGAAUUUUUAAGUAUAUUUUAAAUCGCUGUAACGAUAUAUCGAAAAUAGCUCAGUGCAAAACGUCAGCAGGAGCCUAUUACCUGGACAAUACAAUCAACCGUUGACUUUAGUUCUCUUCGAGAAUGGCGCCCGGGAGCAUUGGAUUUUUCAUUUUUGUCCAGAUUGUCGCCCUAAAUCUAUACCAGAUACCAGCGUUUCCCACACCUGAGGCAACCGAAGAGACUACUGUGUAUAACAGACUACUGAGUGAGGAAAGACCAUUGCAGGAACAGAUUGCAGAGGCAGAGAGUGUGACCAAAAAAGAACCCAUAGCAAGCAAGCAGGAAUCUGAACUGCCAGAGCUGAACAUGGAGCUGGACAACGAUGAUUUCAGACUGCUGAAAUCCUUAGCAGAGAGAUCGCAGGGCACAAACAAUGAGACCGUAAAUGUGGAGAGACCGGAUGUGCAAUCUGUGGCAGAUGACACAGAUUCCACCAAGAACAGGAGGCUGGCAGAAGACUAUGACUCCACAAAAAGUGGUGGCGAGUAUAAGUACCCAGAUGGCCCAGAGAGCUUCCACCAGGUGGACGGGACCCCACUAACAGCAGAGGACAUUGUCCAAAAGAUCGCUGCCAAAAUAUAUGAGGAGGAUGACAGAGGGGUGUUCGACAGAAUCGUAUCCAAGCUGCUAAAACUUGGACUGAUUACGGACAGCCAGGCAGACACUUUGGAGUAUGAGGUGGCUGAGGCUCUGCAGGAGCUCAUCACUAAAAAUGCCAGGGACAACGAGGUCGAUGACCUUGGCGCGGACUACCCUGCCCCCAGGGGCAGUGCAGGGCAGAGGGAACAGAACCCUGAUGCUAACAUGGAAUUGGUUGAAAACCCCAGCAGGAAGCACAAGAUGGAGCAGGGUGGGGUGGGUGGCAAUGACACAGUAGAUCGUGCAUGGGUUACUCCGAGUGAGGAGAACCACAGGGGUGAGCAGAGCCCUGAGGAUGGCCUCCAGGACCUACAGUAUUUCCCGAACUUCUACAGCCUCCUUAAGAGCCUCAACUCAGAGAAAGAUGCAGAGGAAAGAGAAACUCUGAUCACCAUAAUGAAGACCUUGAUCGACUUUGUGAAGAUGAUGGUGAAAUAUGGGACGAUCACCCCGGAGGAAGGCGUGGCUUAUCUAGAACACCUGGAUGCCAUGAUUGCCAUUCAGACAAAGAACAAACUGGGGAAAUCUCUGGAGACAGUGGACUUCAAGCUGGCUUUGGGAAAGACCAGCGACGAGGUAGACAACACAAAGGAUGAGGCAGCCAAAAUGCAACAGGAGUACGAGUCUCUGAAGGACACCACCAACAGUGACCAGGCAGUCACUGAAACUGGCCAUAAUGGAAAGUCAAACACCUAUUUGGAGGCGAUAAGAAAGAAUAUUGAGUGGCUGAAAAAGCACAACAAAGAUGGCGACAAGGAGGAGUAUGACCUGUCCAAGCUGAGGAACUUCAUGAACCAGGAGGUAGACUCCUACAUUGACUGCGGGAUUCUGCCAAAGGACGAGGGUGAGGUAAUCAAGAGGAUCUACGGCAGCCUGUAAGCAGCCCGGCGAAUCCCCAACUGGACACAGCGGCAACUGGACACAAUCGUGCACGUGCUGAAAAUGAAUCAAUUAGGAAACCCUAACUGUAGCUCCACACUUCGGAAGAGGUUCACACAGGGUAAACCCUUCACCCCCAUCCCACUCUAAAGGAGAAGACAGAACAGUAAUGUAUCAGGGCAUGUAGAUGAUGCACCAGGCAUUUUUCAAUUCCACACUUCCAUUGUUAUGUGCCAUCUCUUUGGUAACUGCUUCAUACUGCAUGUUGAACCAAACACUCCCUUACUAGAUUUCUAAAUUGUAUUUAGAAAUUGCUAGUUGUACAUAUGAAGAGAGUUUGAAAUUAAUGUUAAGCUCAGUCUGGACAAACAUGAAAUAGAAUAUUGAUGCAAGCCAUGGUUUUCAGGGAAUGUCCCUCAGUGCCCUUUAAAAUAUGUCCUUGCCAAAGUGGUACCCCAGAAACAGUGGCAGUUCAUCAAAAAACACUUUGCUUCAGUGAUGCUCCGUUCACACCCACAGGGAAUAAAAAAACAGAGUAAACAUGUCUUUGUUCACUAGCUCCUGUAAAAUAAACGACAGCCAUUAUGACAGAAUAGCUUGAAUAGCUUGGUUAGAGACUAGGGGGCAGACAUUUGGCUUUUCAUAUCUUGUAGGGUUCAAUAGAUUUCUUCUUGCUACUGAAAAAUGUAUGUAUAUCAAAAUGUAUGUGUAUGUAUGGAGUGAAUCAUUAUUUCCAUGUUUUUUGUAAGUGUUAAACCUAUUCUAGUAUGGCUUUUGACUCUGCCAAAAAAGAUGACUUUGUGUUUCUGUGUCAUUGAACAUGACUGUUUUGUGUCUGUCAGACUCGUUUGAUCAGUUUAGAGGUCCUUCAAAUCCCCAGGGGGAACCACUGUCAUUCUGCACUCUGUACUUGUGGUUUCUCUUUUCUCACUCUGCAUGUUCCAGAGCAUUUAAAAUGUGCAUCCUGAUGAGAGUUUAGAUGAGAUGCAAAACAAAAGUAUUUUCAAGUGUAAAUACCUGUGAAGUUUUUUCAGAAUGUAAAGGUGAUUAAAACAUUCUUUAUAGA